AUGAAAGAUCAUUGCAGUGUGGAAUGUGGCAGAGAAUUGUCUAACAGGAGUGCUCUUCAGAAACGCACAAGAGUUCACACCGGAGAGAAGACAUAUUGCUGUAAUGAAUGUGGUAAACAGUUUUCACAAAAAGGCCAUCAACAGAGACACACGAGAGUUCACACUGGAGAGAAGCCGUAUUGCUGUAAUGAAUGUGGUAAACAGUUUUCACAAAAAUGCCUUCUUCAGAUACACACGAGAGUUCACACUGGAGAAAAGCCAUAUUGCUGUAAUGAAUGUGGUAAACAGUUUUCACAAAUGAGCAGUCUUCAGAUACACACGAGAGCUCACACCGGAGAGAAGCCAUAUUGCUGUAAUGAAUGUGGCAAACAGUUUUCAUAUAAAGGCCAUCUUCAGAUACACAUGAGAGUUCACACCGGAGAGAAGCCAUAUUGCUGUAAUGAAUGUGGUAAACAGUUUUCAGAUACGGGCAGUCUUCACAAACACAGUAGAGUUCACACUGGAGAGAAGCCAUAUUGCUGUAAUGAAUGUGGUAAACAGUUUUCACAAAAAGGCCAUCUUCAGAUACACACGAGAGUUCACACCGGAGAGAAGCCAUAUUGCUGUAAUGAAUGUGGUAAACAGUUUUCACAGAUAAUCUGUCUACAGAGACACACGAGAGUUCACAACAGAAUAAAAACAGUAGCAGUUCAAAAACCAGUCUAGAAAAACAAGAACCCUUCAGGACUCAAGAGUGAGGUUCAGUCGUGUCUUGAAAAGUAAGCAAACUAAACUAUUGUUAAGAAAUGAAUCUCCAAGAGAAGCCAUAUUGCUGUUUGGAAUGUUGCAAACAAAUCUGUCAGAGCAGUACACUUCAGAGACGCACCAAAAUUCCCACCAGAGAGAAGUACAACUGAACUGUCCUGACUAAAGCGUGAGGUUCACUCCUGCCUGGACAGUAAGCACAUGUAACCGACACAAAUCCAUCCCACUUAG